AUGUCCGACAUUUCCUAUUCCAGAAGUUCAGAAAACAUACCAAAUAUUUUCGAUGACUUCGAGAGGGAAUUCAAGGUCAAGAUUCCAAUUCAUUUAAAAAAAUUGCUAAUUUUUGCUGGUUUUGACAACAACUUGACAUUGGAAGAUCUGAAUGAUGAUGAUUUAGGACAAAUCGAAGAAACUGCUCGGGCAGUGGUGCCGAAUGUUUUCAGGAAUGAUGAAUUAUUUCAAUAUUUAGACAAAUUCGCUAGCUGUCCGGCGAGUUUUUGCUUCCUUCCUGCACAGAAAAAGCUCUUAUUCAAAUUGGGUUUGUUUGCGAAAAAUAGAAUGAUAGUACCAAAUGAACAAGGAAAAGCCAGAAAAAUUGCUCCAAACAAGGAGAAGAGUAAAAGUCAAAGGCCAGUGGCUGCUCAAAGUGAAUCAACAGAAGAAAUAUCGAUUGAAGAAAGAAACGAUAUUAUACAGAAAGCGAUAAGAUGGACGAGAGAGUAUAUUUGUUCUACUUCCAAAGAUGAUGCAUCGAAAGUACUCGAAAGAAUUAAUGAAAUGAAAAUAAUAGUGAUGCCUGGCACUACAAAAUAUUGUCAAAUCUGCUGUUUCAUAUGUUCUUCGAAAUGUAAAAUUUUCAGGGCAGCAACAGGAACAUGGCUUCUUUCUAACUAUCACAAACACUUGAAGACCCACUCAACUGAUUUAUCGAAAUUGAACAGGAAUAGCAAAUCAUCCUAUUCGAUUUUAGGAUAUUUAAACCAAUCUACUGAAGUUUCAAUUGCAACUGAUUCUUCUGCAAAAAAAAAUCGAUGUGAUCGUUCAUACGACACGGAAACAAGUUGUAUCCAGAUACUAAACCCUGGCGGUGUCGACAAUACUUCAUGCGAUACUUCCUCUAUUGAAUUUAUCAGUAAUGAAUGUGGCACUGGACUAGAUGAGCAAGUCUCUGAUGUUAUAGUAACAUCUGCAUCAGAAGUCUCGGUGGAACCAGAGAGUUAUCAGCAAAGCCCAAAUGAUAUAGACAUUCUGCCAGAAUAUGACUUGCCAAUUAUUCAAUUACCGAACAAUCCGGAUUUUUCUAAAGAAAAUUCAGACGAAGAAAGUUUUUAUCUACCACCAAAAUACCCAAGUGACGAAAAAUAUACAGAAUUCAGGAAGCAGUUCUAUAUCUCCACUCAAGACGAAAAGGAUGCAGGGAAUUCAAAGGAAACACAAGAAAAUCAUGAAAAUCUAAUAGUUAGUCAAACUGCAAACAAGAAUAGUGAAAAUUGUACCGUAUGCCUAGUGAAUUUCAGUAAGAAAUCAUACUCAAUCAACUGUACUUCAUGUGGAAAAUGGAUGUGUUUGGUUUGUUCUACAUUAACAAGGAAACAAAUCAACGAAAUAAAGAAAUGCAAGACUAAAUGGACAUGUAAAAGCUGCCAAAAGGAACCAGAAGAGAAUUCAAGGAUUAUGACUGAUACGGUACCAAAUCAAAUUAAGAAGUUAGAAGAACAAAAUGAGUUGCUUGGAACAAUAAUACAUGGAAUGAAUGCAAAAAUUGAACACUUGAUUACUAAAAUUGAAAAACCAAAAGGAAUCAUUGGAAAAGAUGAGGUUCUUGUCUCAAAAUUGGAAGAAAUAGAUGGAAAGCUCAAUAACUACUUGGAAAUAGAACAAUCAGAACAGAACAAAACGAAAACAUAUUCCGAAAUCACCAGAAGCACAGUUAAAGAAUUAGUUCAACAACAUACACCUGCUUUAAUAAUUAAACCAAAUAAAAAACAAACCAGUCGACAGACCAAAGAAGAAGUUCAUAAGAAAAUCAAUCCAAUUGAAGCAAAAGCUUCAAUCAAGAGUAGAUGUCCAGAAACUGGUCAAGAACUUUUCUGUCCCUGGCUGCUAAGCAGCCAACCUUGUGAAAAAACCUUCAGGAAGCUGCGUUCCCUCACUAGUACGUUCUCAACAGUAGUUAACUUUUCAACAGCUGAUAUAUUAAGGCGACUGAACAGGAUAGAUAUGAUUUACAAAAUCUCAUGUGAUACAGAACAGAAUAGAAGAUUGGGAGACGAUGCUCCUGUUUAUAGCGAGACUAUGCCAUCAGAUGAUGACAUUAAUGGAGUAAUCAGAAUAUCUUUAGAAAAUGCUCUCACCCAUUGUGAAGAAUUAGGCAUGAAUUUUCCUGAAGAAUGUGAAAAAUCAUAUUUGAAACCCAUUUUGAAACGUGCAGUAUUCGAGAUGGAUAAUGGUUUUGAUAAUACGACUACUACAGACAUUUGCUUGAGUUCAUCUGAAGAUGAAUAA